AUGGAAAUGAUCUGCAGUGGCAAAGUGGUGUCCUUCGUGCUGCUCUUCGAGUCGACUCCUACGGGUCCCCGAGAGCCCUUCUGCGCUCUCGCCAUCUGCUGGCCCUCGGUCCUGGCGCCCGUAUUCGUGGCGACGGUCGCUUACGCGGCGUUCAGCUGGCGCGUGAUCCACGCGAGUCUCGUGGUUCCUGCACUGCUCCUGGUCUGGACGGUAUACGUGACCGAAGAGUCUCCGCACUGGCUCAUCGUCAACCACCGCUUCCGCGAGGCCCGCCGUGUGGCUCUGUGGGCCGCCGUGCUGAACGACGAAGAUCCCGACAUCGUGAUCGAGCGACUGGAGAAGGUCAAGGAGAUGCUAGCAUCCUCCCCGACAGCGGUAAGCUUGGCGGAUUCGGACGGAGUAGGUGCUGCCAACGCUGUUCGCAAAGCGGAACACGCCACCGGCAUGUGCAAGGCGGCGACGCAUUCGAGCUACUUCCGGUCGCGCGCCAUGCUGGCCCACUGCUUCGUAGUGUUCGGCUGCUGGUUCAUGGUGAACGUGAACUACUACUACCGUAGCCUGGAGGUGCCGCAAGUGAACCUUAUCAAGUGGAUCGUAAUCGCGUGCAACAUGCCGGCCAUGACGAUAGCGUACUUCAUCAUCAAGCACCAUGGCCGCCUGACGCCUCUGGUCGUCUUCCUGGUGGCCGCUUCGGUCCUGCUGCUCUUCAACACCAUGUCCCGGUUCCUGGGUCUCAACUUCCCGCCACAGCUGGCGAUCAUGUGGCGUAUUCUGCUCCUCAACAUCGCCUACGUCCUGCUCUGCGUACACACCGUGUCGCUGUUCCCGACGCAGGUACGCAGCGUGGCCUUCUCCUGGGCGUACACCUUCGGCAGGCUGGGCGCCAUUGCGGCCGAGGCGUUCCGGGUUGUCGAGGCCGGGUUGCGUUACGACCUGGGCGCGCUGCCCAUGGGAGUGGCGGCCGUGAACCUGCUCGUCUUCUCCCUUCUACUUCUGACGCUGUCCGAUAAGAAGCUGCUCGACAUCGUGACCCGCGUCGACGUGCUCAACGCCGCCGUGGCACCGCGCCCGGCGAAGAAGCGCAGGCUCUCGCCAGACUCGUUGUUCCCGAGGCAGUAG